AUGCAGGGGAAUUUAGUUCCAAAUGCUACUCCCUUUCCCUCUGGUAUUAAGGCACUAGCCGACUAUGUCCAUAGCAAGGGUCUCAAGAUCGGAAUAUAUGGAGAUGCCGGGACAUUGACAUGUGCAAAGACAAUGCCAGGGUCCCUCGGCUAUGAGGAACAGGAUGCCAACACUUUUGCCUCAUGGCGGAUUGAUUACUUGAAGUAUGAUAACUGUCACAACGAUGGGAUUAGACCUCAAGAAAGAUACGGAAAGAUGAGCAAAGCCCUUCUGGCCACUGGAAGGCCAAUCUUCUUUUCUCUGUGUGAGUGGGGCGAUGCCAAUCCUGCAACUUGGGCACCGAGCAUUGGAAAUAGUUGGAGAACUACUGGAGACAUAAAGGAUACCUGGGGAAGUAUGAUAUCCAAGGCUGAUCUAAAUGAUAUGUGGGCAUCGUAUGCUGGACCAGGCGGAUGGAACGAUCCCGACAUGCUUGAAGUAGGUAAUGGAAAUAUGACUACAGAAGAAUAUCGAUGUCACUUUAGCCUUUGGUCUUUAGCAAAGGCUCCACUAAUCUUAGGUUGCGAUAUUAGGUCUGUGGACAACGACACGUUUGAGUUGGUCAGCAACAAGGAGGUCAUCGCUGUUAAUCAAGAUGUUCUUGGAAUUCAAGGCAAGAAGGUGAAUAGAACUGGAGAUUUAGAGGUCUGGUCGGGUCCCCUGAGCGGCAACAGAGUGGCUGUAGUCCUUAUAAAUAGAGGGCUUUCUACUGCCACCGUGACUGCCGAAUGGAGUGACAUUGGUCUAAAUUCUUCCGUGAUCGUUGACGCUCGUGACUUAUGGCAGCAUUCAACGACAACCACAAUUCAAUAUCAAGUGAAUGCAACGAUUGAUUCUCAUGCCUGUAAGAUGUACGUCCUGACGCCACAAUAAUGCCCCGUUCAUCUGGGAUACAAGUGUGCAACGACACCUCUAGACAUCAGUCAAUAUGAUGCAAUAAGAAAGAAUAAAUGUUUCCACA